AUGCGAGUACUUGUCUGCGGUGGUGUAGGGUACAUUGGAACACACUUUGUGCGCGAGCUUCUACGUCAUAGCUCGCAUGAGGUGAUCAUUGUUGACAGUCUUGAGGCCACUCAUGGCUCUGAUGCCCAUGUGGACACAGAAGAGAACUUUGCUGCGCGUAACCCUGAAGCAAACCUAGCGGAGGCGAGAAAGAGCGGCUGCCGUUUUGCAAAACUGGAGGUCGGCGACGUGCGCGACGUCAACUUUCUCGAGCGUGUCUUUACCGCGCACGCCCCGAUUGAUGCCGUCGUGCACAUGUGCGCGUACAUCGUGGUGCCGGAGAGCGUGCACGACCCGCUGCGGUACUACGAUAACAACGUUGUGGGCAUGCUGCGCAUCUUGCAGACCAUGCACAAGUACCAGUGCGACAAGCUCAUCCUUUCCAGCACGGCCGCCCUCUUCGGAAAUCCCUAUGCCCGGACAAAGGCUGGCUCGGCUGAUGAGCCGGAUCCCAUGAAGCCCAUUCCCUCCAACGCCAAGCGCCUGCCGGAGAGCCCGUAUGGCACGACGAAGCUGGUGGACGAGUACAUGCUGCAGGACUGCGCUGUUGCCUACGGCAUCAAGAGCGUGUGCCUGCGCUACUUCAACGCGUGCGGCGCCGACCCCGACGGUGACAUUGGUGAGACCCACGAGCCCGAGUCCCAUCUUAUCCCGCUCAUCCUGCGCGUGCCGCUCGCGGAUAAGAUCAACGCCUACAAUGCCGUGCACCAUCCGGAUCGCAAGAAGGUGAAGGACUACAUAUCUAUCUUUGGAACGGACUACCCAACACCUGACGGUACGUGCAUUCGCGACUACGUGCACGUGAAAGAUUUGUCCUCGGCCCAUGUGCUGGCGCUGGACUACCUGGCUAAGCUGACCCCCGAUGACAAGGACAAGUUCUUCUCUACGUUCAACCUUGGUACGUCGAGGGGAUACUCUGUGCGCGAGGUCAUCGAGGCGGCUCGGCGUGUAACUGGACAUCCGAUUCCGGAGAGAGCGGAGAAGCGCCGUGACGGCGAUCCGCCAGUGCUUGUGGCGUCCGGCGAGGAGGCGGCGGCGGCACUUGGGUGGACGCUGGUGUACGACUCGAUCGACAAGAUCAUCGAGUCGGCGUGGAAGUUCCACAGUGGCCACCCCUUCGGCUACGAGUCCCACUAA